CCGGACUGUCGUCUUGAUUUUAGUCCGCGACAAGUCUUUUCUUUAUAUACUACAUCUUAUUGAUUCAUUUCGCGCGUGCUGCUUGCAAGAUGCUGAAACACAUUCUUAUUUGUAUCGUCUUAUGCCAGCUGGUUUUGGCAGAGCCACCGGUACAUGGUAUUAGGCCCUCAAAUGUACUGGGUGGCCCGGAGCAACAUGCAUCAUUCAGUUUCGUUCGACCAGGUCUAACUCAAACGUCGUACGCAUUCAACGGUCCUAGUUCUCAUCAAGCUUUCAGUUCCAGCAUUGGAAAUCCGCAUUUAGCCCAAAGAGUAUUGCCUAAUGUAGCUCACGCUCUUGCUUACCGAAACCCUGGUUUAGGAUACAUCCCUGCUGGUCCUGUCGGUACUACUUAUGCAGCCGCACCAGCAACAGCUCCGGUAGCUGGUUCUUAUCAGGCGCCUUAUGACCAGGCCUCAGCUUUGGCGUAUCUUCAACAAAUUCAGCAGCUCCAACAAUAUCAGCAACAACAACAAAACCCUGCUGCCGCAGCAUAUCAGGCGCAACUUGCUCAACUUUUUGCUUUCAGGCAAAAUCAAGCAGCUGCUAAUCAGAUACCGGAACAAGUUCAACUUCAGCAACAACAACAUGAGCAGCAACAGCAACAACAGCAGCAGAAUUUACUCGGUAUUGCUUAUUCGGCGGCACCUUCUGUCGCUCAUGUAAAAGUUAAUGGAAACGGAUACAAAUUUGAUUUUUAAUCAGAAUGAUUAACGAUUGAAGUUAAAAUUUAAUGAACCGUGUACAUAGAAAGCGAAGAUCCGCCAAGAAAUUAAUGUGACGUUCGAGAUCUUUGAGAGCACCAUUAUAAGAUCAGGUAGUAAUGGACAUUUUUGACUGAUAUCAUUUUUCAUAUCCGAUCUUAUGUUGGUCCAUAAUAAUUAUAUAAUCCACGCUUUGUAUUUAUAUUAGCAGUAUUCUUAACUAUUAGAUUUGACAAUACUGAAUUGAUUACGUCAACGAAGUGUUCAAUAUACUUUGUUACUGUUAUCAAAUUAUAUACAAUGAUAUGAAUAAAACUGUACGAGUUUUCACGUUAAAUAA